CUAGCCACAACAACCGUCAUCAGAGGGGUCCUUCCGCCGCUGUGUGAACACGUGCCCCGCAGAAGCCGCAGCAGAUCUCCGGUAACGGCGCCGCGAUGAUGGGCGGCAAACCGAGCGCGAUCGCCGCGGGCGUCUGCGGCGCGAUCUUCAUCGGGUACUGUAUCUAUUUCGACAGAAAACGACGCAGCGAUCCGAACUUCAGAACCCGACUGCGUGAACGGAGGAAGAAGCAGAGAGCUGCUCAAAAUAAAUCUGGACUCGCUGAACUGCCAGAUCUUAAAGAUGUGGCAGCCGUGCAGAAGUUUUUCCUGGAUGAGAUUCAGCUGGGCGAGGAGCUGCUGGCUCAGGGAGACUAUGAGAAGGGUGUUGAUCACCUGACCAACGCCAUCGCCGUCUGCGGCCAACCACAGCAGCUCCUGCAGGUGCUUCAGCAGACUCUGCCUCCGCCCGUCUUCCAGAUGCUGCUCACCAAACUACCCACGAUCAGUCAGCGGAUAGUAAGUCCUCAGAGUCUGGAGGAAGAUGACGUGGAGUGAAGCGUGACGUUUGUUAGUGUGUGAUGAUCCACCUGCUGAUCUUCAGG